AUGUCGAAAAUGCUUUUGAUUUUUUGCGACGGCGCUGGUACGGACGGCAACCUCUCUGAUGGUGUAGAGGAUGGACUCAAAGAUGGUAGAUCUGGGAAACAAUAUGCAACAAAUGUCUUGAGGCUCUCACGUGCGAUCAAAAACCGAACGGGGUAUGGCCGUCGUCAGAUCGUGUUUUAUCAAGCUGGUGUUGGAAGUGACGCAAAUUUCAAGGGUGAUCCUGUCAUGGGAACCACUGCAAUCCCGAAUAAAGUCAGGGAUGCAUAUGCUUUCAUUGCACAGAACUUUGAUGAAGGCGACGAGAUUUGCAUUUUUGGAACAUUCAUAAAGGGACGUAGGGGCGCAUACAUUGCUCGAAAGUUGUCGGGCCUCAUAGAUAAGAUCGGGCUGCUGGACCACGAGCAACUUGGGUACUUCUUUGAGAUAUGGAAGGAGCUUGUUGACGGCAAAACACCCCGCAUCCCGAUCGGUACUCGAACAAAUGUCCAUAUAAAAUGUGUUGGUGUCUGGGACACAGCCAGUCCGGUCUUGGGAACCAUAGAUGCCUUGAAAAUCAAAGACACUUCCCUGCCGAGCAGGAUCGACAUUGCUCUUCAUGCGUUGUCCCUGCACGAGAAUCGAGACAAGUUCCUUCCCAUACUGUGGACUGUGCCUGGUGGUGAUCUUGUAUCCGACGCCGGUCGAAACAAGAAUCAGGUUCUCAAGCAAAUCUGGUUCCCGGGCGCUCAUUCUGACGUCGGCGGCGGGUACGAACGCCAUGAGCUAGCCGAUAUUGCCCUAUUUUGGAUGGCGGGAGAGAUCAAGCAAUUUAUAGACCUUGACCUCGAUUUCCUUCGGCAGAGCGCUCAAAAGAAGCCUGAAACCUGGGGCAUGUCUCAGCCUCACAAUGCGUAUGGGGAGCAAAACGAGGCCAAGAAGGAAUUGAUUGGGCCAAAGACACGUCUUGAUAAUGGGCAGAUCACGAGUGACUCUGUGUUUCACAGCAGCCUCUAUGCAUCGCCGAAACUGCUACGAGAUCCAAAGUCUGCGGUCACACUGGAUACACUAAAUGAAAUGUUUGGUGAAGGGUGGAGACCGCGAUGCCCCGAGUUGAAUGAGUUUGAAACGUUUUGCAAGACUGAAUGGGGUACAGUUCCGGUAAGUCAUUUUUUAACAAGAUGGUCAACGUUUUCCUUUUUUUUCCCUUUAGACUGA